AUGGCAAGAGGAGCCAGGGGACAGCUGUGGCCCCAGGACAGGGCCAAGGCGCAGCGCCAGGCACCUCGGGCCUCAGCAAGAGCUGGAGCUCCAGGAGCUGUGUGCGGAGGCCGCCGAGAGCGCGGAGCCGGACGAGCUGUGGGCCAGCCUGCUUGCCUUCAUGACCCUCUUCCUGCUCUGCGUCAGCUACGGCGCCGCCGUCACCCUGCUCAAGGUGAAGUGGGUCCUGGCCGCCGUGCUGCAGGAGAAGCCACAGGCCACCCGAGACUACGCCAACGUCACGCGGCCGGCCGACUAGGCGCACGCACAGCGCAGCCGCGCUUCCCCUCCGCGGGCUGGAGGCCGUCUGCUUGCUGGCAGCAAGUGGACAAGAGCCCAGAGCACGCCCCCAGAGCGGCCAGAGCAGACGCGCAAGGCCAGCACACAGGCCUCCAGAAACUUCCAGCUGGGCUCCAAGGUCCGAGGCACCCAGAGGACCAACCACAGCCCGACACCAGGCCCCUCGGGCACGAGCCCUUCCCACAGAGUGACCUGAGCUGGGCAUGGGUGCAGAUCCCUGGGCUCCUCCCUGGUCCUGGGGUCAGGGUUGCUCCUGUUCUCACGGAGAAGCCCCCAGAGCACAAGGAGAGUCAAGCCCGCGGCCCACUUGUCACACAGCGUCCAAACCCGAACCCAGGAUGCAGAGUCCAAGUCCAGGGCACGACCUCGGCUCCCAGACUCAGGCCCACCUCCCUGGCACCGGGUCCCUGUGCCCAUGCUUGUGCCCAGCCCCAGCCCCUGCCCAGCCUUCCCACGGGCCACUGGCAGCCCCUGGCGUGCUGCGGGACAGAGAAGAGCUCCUGGGGCGAAGCUGCGGGCCUGCUCAGGGCUGCGUGCCGGCCUCCGGGGGGAGGAGGGCUCUCCCAGCAGAAUGAGCUCCCCACGGGUCCCACCGCAGCCAGCAGCUCCCAACCCGUCCACCCAGGCCUCACCGCGCGUCUCGUCCACCUUGGCAACCCCGUUGCCUCCCUUUUGAGUUUCCCAGUAAAGUUCCUUCUUACACAUCCCACGCCGCCUGAGCGCGCUUUGGGAGAGGCGUCACCUGACCGAAGGGGGUGGGGGGCAGCCCCCCGAGGGUGUGGCCAAGGGGCCAGAGGGCAGGGAGCAGGGGCCAGUUCAGGGCCCGAAGCUCCCGGUGACCAGCCGGCUGCCUGCUCACACCCUCUCCGUCUGCUCCGGCCGCGGGCGGCCUGCAGGAAACUCGCACACAUCCACACACGUCCCCGUGAGGCCGGAGCCACGCGGCCUCGCUCGGACGAAGCGCAGGAGAUGGUCUGGAGCCUCCUGGAAUGUCCUCGGUCGCGGCGAUCGACCCCACAUGGCAAGGGGGCAGGACAGUUCUGUCGCCGGAAACUGGAUAUGGCCCAAAAGUGCAGCUCGGUGGCUCGAGAGAGUCAGAGCACGCUGGGCGAUCCCGGGGGCGGCGAUCGCCGUGGGGGGUCCAGUGCUGGGACCCCAGAGGGCGCCGAGCGCAGGGGUGUCGGGCAGACCCUGCUGCAGGCUCCAGGGACAGACAUCUACAGCGCAGGCGGUGGUGUUUUCACAGGAUACGCAGGGGUGGAUCCAGUGAAGGACCCCGGGAUGGCCUGCAGGGAGCCGGAGAGCCGGCAACAGGGACGCAGCCCGAGAGCCCUGGGCUGGAGGGUGCACACAGGCGGCCCCUCGGCGCCCCCAGCUCCGGCUGGCUGGGCUGGGCUGAACUGGGCUGAACUGGGCUCGGGCACAGCGCCCAGCCCCUCCCCAGGUGGACGAUGGGCCGCGGCCGCACGAGCGCUGGCUGAGGAAGGGCAGCCCCUGGCUGUGGCCGUGCCGGCCCGGCUCCUCACCCUCGCACCCCGCUGA